AUGGCAAACGCGACCACACCCACCAUCUACUUCGGAUAUGGCAGUAACCUCUGGCAACACCAGAUGCACAUGAGAUGUCUAACCUCAGAAUACCUCGGCAUCGCCCGUCUUGACAACUAUCGCUGGAUGAUCAAUGAUCGCGGUUACGCAAACGUCGUCCAAGUCAAACCACCUUCCUCGUCCGAGCCAAACUACGCCAACGUCGUCUAUGGUCUUGUCUACUCGCUACAGCCGGCCGACGAAGAAAACCUCGACAUCAAUGAGGGUGUCCCCGUUGCCUACACCAAGGAAGAUCUACCCGUUUCAUUCUGGCCCAAGGAGAAAGAUGAUGAGCCUAUCGAUAUACACAAACCGGCAAAGAAGCAGGACAUGCUCGUUUACAUCAGUCGUAAACACGUAACAGACUCCGAGCCCAAGCACGAGUACAUCUAUCGCAUGAACAUGGGCAUAAACGACGCUCUCAAGGAAGGUGUGCCCAAAGAAUACGUGCAGGAGGUCAUGCGCAAGUUCAUUCCACCCGAGCAUGAUGAUACACUCCAUGAUCAGGCCAUGCAGCAGGCCUUGGCUUUUGAGGAUGAGAGGUGA